AAUCUCAUACACUUGCAUUGUGUUAACUCUUGCUUUUGUUUUUUCCUUUUUAAACUAGGUGUCCCGAUUUCAGGCUUCCAGGUGGAACCUGUUGGUGGAGUGAUACUGAAUCUCCUGGAUGACGUUAGUAGUUGGGAGCCUGGAGACCGAAUUGUGGUUGCAAGUACAGACUAUUCAAUGUAUCAGACAGAGGAGUUUACCCUUCUUCCCUGCCCAGAGUGUACCAAGCACCAGGUCAAAGUCAAAGAAAAACCUCAAUAUCCCCAUGUGGGAGAAGUUAUUGAUGGAGUGGACAUGAGGGCAGAAGUUGGAGUUCUCACAAGGAACAUCUUAAUCAAGGGAGAGACAGAAAAUACCUGCUAUCGUGAAAAGGAGUGUCAGUUUUUCAGCUACGAUACGUUUGGUGGACAUAUCAAGAUUUUGAAGAAUUUUACAUCUGUUCAUCUCUCCUAUGUGGAAUUAAAGCAAAUGGGCCAGCAGCAGAUAGGAAGUUACCCUGUUCACUUUCACCUUUGUGGAGAUGUGGAUGAAAAAGGAGGUUACAGUUCUAAGACUUACCUUGAUGGUCUUUCCAUUCAUCACUGUUUCUCCAGAUGUGUGACUAUUCAUGCAACUAAUGGCUUACUGAUAAAGGACACCAUUGGCUAUGACACACUAGGUCACUGUUUCUUCAUAGAGGAUGGCAUUGAGCAGAGAAAUACUUUCUUCCACAACCUUGGACUAGUCACAAAACCAGGCACUAUUCUUCCUACAGAUAGAAACAGCACCAUGUGUACUGGCAUAAGGGAUAAAGUGUAUGGAAGUUACGUUCCCGUGCCAGCCACAGACUGCAUGGCAGUUUCAACAUUCUGGAUUUCUCAUCCCAACAAUCAUCUUAUAAGUAAUGCAGCAGCAGGUUCACAGGACGCUGGAAUAUGGUAUUUGUUCCACAAGAUUGCUACAGGAGAUUCUCAUAGUUUAGGUAUUGAAACAAAGUCAGAGCUCACACCCCUAGGAAUCUUCUAUAACAACAGGGUUCAUUCUAAUUUUAAGGUAAUGUACUACCUUAAAAAAAACUGUCCUGAUCAGAAUCCUCGUCUGAAAAACUGGAGCCCUGGGAAAGAUCCUGAAAAGAAGGUUAUCAUCAAAAAGGGAGAUUUGUUUCGUCUGAACUCGGAUGCUACAGUACAUUCUAUAACCAUACAGGAUGGAGGACUAAAUGUGAGAGUGAUUGAUCAGGACACAGCGAGUGUUUUGGAAGUGCUGAAGUUUGAUACUCAUGAGUUUUCAGAAGAAAGCUUGAAACUCCAGAACUUACUGAAGAAUAGAAGUCCUGGUCGCAUUAUCGCUAUUGCUGUAGGAGAUUCAGCUGCUAAAAACUUACUGGAAGAAACUAGAGUGACUAUUCAAAAUCUUCUGGGAAGUAGGUUUGUCAGAGGACUGAGUUACAGGCAAGCCUGGGCUUUAGUUGGUGUUAUAGGUGGUGGGAAUUCUUCCUGUAAUGAAUCAGUGCGAGACUAUGAAAAUCACAGCACCGGUGGGAAAGCUCUUGCUCAGAAAGAAUUUUUCACAGUGGAUGGUCAGAAGUUUGUUGUGAGAGCUUACAGUGAAUGGAAUGAUGGAUUUGAGUAUGGUUCUGGUUCACAUUCACUAGGAAGGUUAGUCCAAAGUCUGCAUGAAACCAUCCCUGUGACAGGCCAACACAAAGCUGGGGAUUUUACACACUCAGAACUAAAGAAUGCCAAGGUCUAUGUUCAAACAUGGAACGGACAGAAUCUUUCCAUGGCUAUUGUACGAGAUGAGUACCCAUCUAAUCCCAUGGUUCUUAGAGGUAUUAAUCAGAAAGCUGUCUUUCAGCAGUACCAGCCAGUAGUGAUGCUUCAGAAGGGCUACACAAUACAUUGGAAUGGAAAAGCACCAAAUGUCACGUAUCUUUACCUCAUCAAUUUCAAUAAGAAUGACUGGAUUCGCAUUGGUCUUUGUUAUCAACCAAAUACUGAUUUUACUAUAGUUCUGGAAACCUUUCAGAGGAAGUCAUCUGCUCUGUCGAGUAAGGUAGAACGCUACACACCUGUAUCUUCAAUGCUGGAGCUUGAAAAGAAUCGAUCAGACAAGAAGUUUUAUUUUGACAACAGUACUGGAUUACUGUUUUUAUUUCUUCAAGCCAAAUACAGUAGAGAUGGUCACAGUUAUUGCUCAUCUCAGGGAUGUGAAAGGAUCAAGAUUGUGACCAAAGAUUCAGCAAAAGGGGUCAGUAACUGCAUGGCAAAAGCUUACCCAAAGUACUACCAAGGACCAGCUGUCAUAAAGCAGAUGCCAGUAAAAACUACUGUACCGUGCACAAAGUGUGGCACGACUCAGAUGGUAUUCACCAGCGAUCCUCACAAAAACUACCUCCUUGUGCAGAUUAAUUUAUCUGGUAAAAAUGAGUUAAGCAGAGGUCAGCAAGCAUUUAUUUCCGUCAAUAACACAAUGUUUUCCUUCAAGGAUAAUGGUAUAUUCGUUGUUGUAGUUGAUGCCUGCACUGGCACCGUGUCAGGAAAUAAUUUAUUUUCCGGAGCAGACAUUAAGCGUGUAGGUGGCUAUUUAAAGUCUGAAAUACCACAAAGGUCUGUAGUUCUACUGAGCACAAGAGGCGAGGUAGAAAUUCCUAAUAACUUAGCAGAAGCCUUAAAGUUCUUGGGGACAGCCAAACCACCUUAUCUACAGAGCAAUGGAAGUGUGGCCUUCCUGGGCUUCAGAGGAAACUUUAAGCCAUCCUGGAUUAAACUGUUUACCAGUCCUGCUGGUCAUGGGCUAAUUCAGAUAGAAAAGUAUAUCCCUUUGCAACUGGAAGAAUAUGGCUGUACCAGAGCAAUCAAGAGUCGACGGAAAGACCUCGAGCUUCUGAACAAGGCUACAAGAUCUCAUUAAAGACUAAGCUGUACAUAAAAACUGGGGGAAGAAAAUGUGAACUAACUUAUUUUUAAUUUAUGGCAUUUUAAACUGUGUUGUUAUCCAAGGAAAUCACGUUAUUAUCUGACAGACGUUUGCCAUCUUGAAUGCCAGUCUGUGCACCUUCUAGUUGUACAAAAUAUGAAAGAAUUUAUUAGUAUUUGUAUAAACAGGUUUCAGAGAUUUUUCAGAUGUUUGUAUUUACUGUAAGCAAUAUUUUUUUUCUGUUUAAUACUCCUUUUGUAUUUAAGAGAGUGUUCAUAAAAGCCUUAAAUUUUUGAUAGCUGGUGUUGGAGUGCUAUUUGAAUUACUUGAAAGAUUAACAGGUCUCUCUAAACAGCUUGAAUUGGUCAUUGUAACUUAGUUUACUUGCAUUUUCCCUCUGCUGUAUACAUGUUUUCCUGAGAGUUUAUUUAGCAGGAAGUUCAGUUACAUUCUCAAAUUACUUUCCCAGGUGUUAAAAAAAAAUUCCUAUUACGCUUGCAGUUGUGCUCAAGGAGUUUUAACUGCAGUAAAAUUUUUGAUUUGCUGUACGAAAGGUGGAGAGGGGGAAUUUGGAGACCUAGCCUGGGCUGGGUGGGGAUUGUGUACUGUGCAACAGAGUUUUUAUGAGGCCAUGUGUAGCAGUGUGACAGAGCAGAAAAUGACUGCCAUUCUUCAGGAUCGCUGUUUACUACUCGCUCCAACAGGAGUUACUAGUAAGAGUUACUUCAUCAAUUAAUUUGUCUGUUAAGACUGGACACAGCUGGACUUUUUCUUUUAAAGCUCUUAAGCAGAAAGGCAGAACUGAGAAAAUAGUCAUUCUCAGGUUGUUAUGAAGCUGAGCUUCUACUCCUGCUGUGAUUAAGGCUAUUGCAGUUUAAAUUUUGAGUGGAAGGUGUGCUCAGUUCAUUCUGUCAUGCUAUCUAUUUUGCCUUAACUUUUUUGAUUUUUUUAUUUUAACCAUAUUGGUAAUUUCUUUUAUUAGCUGUCUUUGAUCUCUGUUGGGUUUUGUUGCAAUUGUUUUACCUCUUCUACAGGUAGUGGGGAAAUCGUUUAGAAGAACUGAGAUGCAGCUGCCCAUUUUCAAGAUUCUAGUCUUUGAAAUCAGAUUUCAGAGACUGUAAAGAUGCAUUUCAUAAUAGGGAAGAAUAGGUGCCACAGAGCUGAAAAUGUAACUAUAGUUCUAAUAAAACUCACGUCGUUCCUUGUUACUGUAUGUGUUCUCAUUCAUUCUAGCUAUUGUUAUAUAUGUACCAUCCGGAGAUGCUAUGUGCUUUGAAUUUAAAAUGGAGUGGCUGUUGAAAAUGAAGUGUUCACUUGUCUUCUCCAAAGAAGUUGAAAAACAGGGGAUUAUUUUUUUGUGUGCUUUAAAGGAGAGGAGGCACAGUAGCAGACCUAUUAUACUAUUCAAUUAAAAUAUGCUACCUCAGUGCUACCAUUAAACUGCCUGAUCCUAAUACCUUUUUUUCCUAAGUAAGAAAGGAGGGGAAAGGAGCACAACACGAGAUGAAGUUAACAUACAGAUGACUGAUAUUAUUUUUAUUGCAAAACCAAGCCAAAUGGAUGAUUAUGUAUUUUGCAGUUGUUUUGAUGCACAGUUGGUAUAAUGCUUAAAAAACAAAAAGUGUUUUGUGUGUGUGGUAAAUUUUUAAGACUAGCUAUAAUGUUUGGUAUUACUAAUUCAGGACUAUGUGAUUUACUUGCUCUGAGUGCAGUAGGGUUAGUGUCUGGGGAUUGCAAUGAUUCUUAAGACUUCCACUGUUCUGAUCUUCUGAUCUGUGGGUCGUGCUUAGCAGAGAAAUGCCUUUUGGAUAGUGACUUUCAGGCUUCUGAAGUUGGCCAUUGUUUGAGAUUCUGCUGUUUUAAGCCAUCAUUUGUAAAAACUGUUCUUGGAAACCUCAAGGCCACUCAAGUGUAAGGAGUACUGAUAGACAAUUGGACCUGAAGUUGAACUGUCAUCUUUUGUGUGAACUUAAGCAUUUGAUAAAUAGCAUAAAUAAAUUUUUACAUCUGACAAAGUAA